UCUUCUUACCUUCCACCAUUUCACUCUUUUCGAGACUUUUCCUUUCUCUUUCUCUCUCUCUCUCUUUCUUCUUUAAUUUGGUUUUUCUUCCAUUAAUUAUUCAUUCAUUACCAGUAAAUUCAAUUCAAUUUAAUUUCAAUUUUAAAAUCCCCCAUGUGAUUACUACUCCGUUUGUCCUGGUAUUUAUCUGUUCCAUUUUCCACCAUUAUUUUAUACACACGACCCCUUCUCUUCUUCCUUCCACUUUGGAGAGAGAAAGUGGAGAGAGAAACACCAAAACUGUGAAUUCUCCAAGAAUCCCAACUUCUUCUCCCCAGAGAACUGAAUAGUGUACAGCUGGUGUUUGUUAAUUCUGGUAAAUGAGGGCGCCAAUUUUGCUGGGGGUUUUAUGAUUGAUCCAUCUGGGGUAGUGGAUUAUAGACAUGAACUAAUUUAUGGGUUGAAUGAGCAACAACGCCAACAAGUGUGGAAUGGGUAGUAUAAGUGAAGAAGAUGACCAAUUUUUUGAUUCAAAAGAAUAUAUUACCCCUGUAUCUGAUUCUGGAUCCGAUGGUGUGGAGAAUUCUGAUUCAGAAUCAAGGUUUCCUGAGGAUGGUGUUCGCAAUUUUGGGUAUGAGGUUUGGAUCCGGAGUCCUGGGACCAUUGGUGAGCGCCGCCAAAAACUCUUGAAAUUGAUGGGGUUAUCUCCAAAUCGAGUAUUGGACGAGGAAAGAGAUGAUGCCGAUAGUUCUAGCAGGUUUGAGGGAGAGGUUGUGGAUAGUGCUAGAGUUAUGGAAACCAGUGGGACAGUGUUGAGGUCGAGUUUUAGAGAGUUGCAUUCAUCGAGCCAGUCAUCUGUGUCGUGUUGCUCCAAUGAUACGCAAGAUUUGUUGGACGUUGCUCUUGAGGAGAAUUUGGUCCGUAGAAUCAGGAAUCUGGAUGAUGGAUCGGAGUUCAUAGUGGAUGAACUUGGGCAAGAUGGAUUAUUUAGAAGUCUUCGAGAAGUGGGCUCUAAUCGGACACUCAGUGGGGAGGAAUUUGAGAGGAUUCUUGGUUUAUCGCCAUUGGUUCAGAGAGCUAUGAGAAGAGGUGUUGGAUUGGCACCCAGUAAUAAAGUGGAAGGAAAAAGGAGAGCGAAAAAAGGAUUGUUGAGGAGAUUAGGUGUAGUGGCAUGCAUUGCUGAUACACAAUCAGGGAUCAACCGGGUUGAAAGUGAUCGGUCAUUAUCAAUUGUAAGACGUAGAGCUCACAAUGUAAGGGUUCGUACUUACAAGAAACGUUCAAAGGACUUUUCAGCUCUCUAUAUGGGGCAAGAUAUUACUGGACAUAAAGGUGCUAUUCUUACAAUGAAGUUCAGCCCUGAUGGUCAGUUUUUGGCAAGUGCUGGUGAAGAUGGAAUUGUUAGGGUAUGGCAGGUGAUUGAGUCUGAGAAGUCAGAAAUAGAUCAUGUUCCUGAUGUUGAUGCUUCACAUGUCUAUUUUACAAUCAAUCAACUUGGAGAAUUAGUACCUCUCAACUUUGACAAAGAGAAAAGGGGGAAGCUCAAGAGCCUGAGAAAAUCAUCUGAGUCAGCUUGUGUUAUCUUUCCCCGUAAAGUAUUCCAACUUUCGGAGAAGCCUCUUCAUGAGUUUCAUGGUCACCGUGCUGAAGUGUUGGAUCUUUCAUGGUCAAAUAACAAGUUUCUCCUGUCAUCUUCUGUCGACAAAACUGUCCGUUUGUGGAGAGUGGGAUUUGAUGAGUGCCUGAAAGUCUUUUCACACAGUGAUUUUGUCACAUGCAUUCAGUUUAAUCCCAUGGAUGAAAAUUACUUCAUCAGUGGCUCUGUAGAUGGUAAAGUUCGUAUUUGGAGCAUUCUUGAAUGCGGAGUUGUUGACUGGACGGACAUAAGAGAAAUAGUUACAGCUGUUUGUUAUCAACCUAAUGGAAAGGGUGCAAUUGUUGGUUCAAUAUCUGGCGAUUGCUACUUUUUUAACACUUCAGAUAAUCGGCUGAAAAUGACUGAUCAAAUAUCGUUACAUGGUAAGAAGAAGGCGCCUUUAAGAAGAAUAACUGGUUUUCAGUUUUCUCCUGGUGACCCAAGCAAGCUCAUGGUUACUACUGCUGAUUCCCAGGUCCGAAUACUUAAAGGGGUUAAUGUAAUAUGUAAAUAUAAAGGUCUUCGAAAUGCAGGAAGCCAGAUCUCUGCAUCAUUCACAUCAGAUGGAAAACACAUUGUUUCAGCAAGUGAAGACUCUUCUGUUUAUGUAUGGGACUCCAAUAAAUCAGAAACAGGUCACACACCAAUUUCAUCUCACUUCAGAAGCAAGAGUUCGUGUGAAAGAUUCUUCUCAAACAACGCCUGCGUUGCUGUUCCUUGGCACGGAUCACCAUGCAACAAUGUUCUACCUUGUCUCUCAGAAUUAUCACCAAAUCUUCCAGGAAUAAUGGUGAGAUACACAAGUGAAAGAAGACAGGAAAAUCAACAUCAACCUUCAUCAUUAUUCUCAACAGAUACAAUUUCUCUGGGAUUUUCAGACCCGUUUAACAGAGGGGUUGCAACUUGGCCCGAGGAGAAGCUAACGAGCUCGAAUUCCCUGAUCGUUUCAUCAACAACGUGUAAAUCAGAGUACAAGUUCUUGAAAACGACGUGCCAGAAUAUGGGAAGUUCACCAAACGCGUGGGGUUUAGUCAUUGUAACCGCAGGUUGGGAUGGUCGAAUCAGGGUAUUUCAGAACUAUGGUUUACCGGUUCGCUUGUAAAUUCACAGGAGUAUGCCUCAAAAAUGGAAUUUUAUGAACUUGUGAUUCCAUUGUAUAAUUGUAAAGGUAAAUUUCUCCCCUACACACGUAAUUAUAUAUACUUCGUAUAUACAUUUAUUAGUUGAUUUUUUUGCCGGAAAAAAGAAAAACCAAAAGGAAGAAAAAAAUAGAGGAAAUUUGGUCUGUACUCUGUACUCUGUAGUGUUAGGUUUUUAGCAAGAGCUAAAAAAAAGUCAAAUGUAUUUUUGGGGUGAUUUAGUAGAAGCUAGUCCGUACCUUCCAUAUAUGAUUAUUGAAUAUUGAAUAUUGAUUGUGACUCUGUGAGCAUGAAAUGUACAACGAUGGGAUUUUGAGUCAAUGCAGUAAGUUGACAAUUGUUUUUUUGUGUU